AUGAGAAUGGAUCAAGCUGAGCAGACAGAUAAUCGUGCUUCAGGGCUCGAAAAAGAGCCCCAGUUUGACGACCAGUCUCGAAUUUUGAAAGCUAGAAUUGCACUACUAUCAACUGCCAUUGGAGGUCCCGAUCACAGCUCUGAUGCAGACCCAGCUCCAUAUAAGAUAGGUGAUGACUGUCUUGCUUGCCUGAAGGAUUUGAAGCGGUGGUUUAAGCUGGUCGAUGAACGCCAGAAUCGAUGGGAUGUAGCUGCUGCUGCUGCACAAUACAAAAUUCUAACUGAUGACUUGGUGCCCAUCAUGGUCAAUUGGGAGAACUUGUACUCUGCAGCAGCCAGAAAGGCUAGAAAAAAUGGUGGGAAGCAAGAGGAUUACCUGAAAAAUAAGGAGUAUCACGACAAAAUAGCACUGAAUGUUCUGCAAUUGAUGGUAUUAAUGACUUGGCCUCUGAUUCUCACCGAUCAAUCUACACAAAAUCAAGUAGAGCAUCAUUCAAGACUAAAAAAAAGUCAGGUUAUCUACAAAAAAACCAUUUUGAGUGUCGAAAACGGGAAGGUGCUAAAAGCGGCCGUCAGAUUAGCCGUAGAGAUUAUAAAGGUUGAAAAGCGGCUGCGAAGCGCUAAAGAUAACGUGGUUUUGAGACUUGUUUUGAACUUUCUGAGGAACGUUGCUGCCAUUGAGCCUAGUGAUUUGACUCUCAGCAACAAGAAGUCUUUGUCUAAAGGCAUUAACGUCACCGAUAUGCUGCCUCCCAACAUUACCAAAAACGACAUCUCGCUAAGUGCCGUAAUUGAAGCUUUCCAUCGUAACAAAGUCCUCGGAUUGCUUCUCACACUUUCAAAUUCCAUCAAUCAGGAGUUUGAUGCAGCUUUCAUUAGUGUCCCAUUGCUGGAAGUCAUGUUCUUUCUCGUCAAGAACGUAAACCAUGCUGUUCUGUAUCGCAAGAAGGCAGCAGGAGGCCAAACAACGAACAACAAUAUUUUGGCAAAAGAGACCGCGAAUAACAGUUUAGAGCUUUCAGGCCUGCUGCAGAAAGAGCACGAAAUGAAAAAGAAUGUCAUCAGAAAUACAUCGACUCGCCAUUCACGAUUUGGCACAAUGCUUUCAAUUCAGACGUCAGACCACCAAAGGCUAACAGUUUCUGGUGGCCAAAACUUGCUGAAUAGCGACUACGCACUGAAAAAACUAGACUCCCGCAAAAAAUGGAAUAAAAGAACGGUAAUGGCGAAUGAAACAGUAGAAGGGCUCCCAAGUAGUUUUUUGAGUUUUGAUCAAGAAACAGUUUAUUGGGAUGAAACGACGUGUUCAAUUUUCAGGAAGUUCACCAACGACUUCAUAAGGUCCGGGUUUAACUCCCUCUUGAGCAGUGCAACCGAUUAUUUCACCACGGAAGAUGAUAAAAUGGUAACUGUUCAUCAAAUUGAGUAUCUUUUGUUUUACUCAUGGUUUUUGAAAUACAGCAGAAUCGGAAAACAAGUUGACGUGGAAUUUAACUUUGAGCCUAUAUCAUUUGCCUUCAAAGACACACCACUAAUAUUGGUCGGGCAGCUUCUGCGGAAAGCAAUGGAACAUAAAUUAUGGGCUGUUGUACACGCUGGAAUGAUAGCUUAUACGGAGUUAUUAUCUCUGUUGGAGAGCAUGAGCAAAAAUGAGGACGACAAGGAAGCGAAAGAGCAGGUUAAGAAUCAUCUUUGUCAGGAAGAGCGCUUGAAACUUCUGUCAAGCAUUCCAAGAACUGCAAGUUCUCAUUCCUUGUCUUACAAAAGAGGCUGUAUUAAUUUGAUUCACGUUCUGUUGAAGCUCAUCGAGACGACGAGUAAAGAGCAGCAAGAGCAAUCAGAAAAAUCGGCACUGGAUCAAGACGCAAAUACACUCCUUGAGCAAGCCAAAGAGUUAGCAAAAGAUGAAGGAGUUGAGCUAGAAGAGGCACUUGAACUACUAGAUUUGAGUAAUCGAAAGAAUAAAGUCAAUUUCAAGAGAACUCAACGAUCUUUUGCAAAUGAAAACACGAUAAAGACAUAUAUCACCUAUCUCGAAAACUUCAGAGAAUUGACCGAUGAUGACAUAAAGAAAUGCAUUCAGUUCCUAUACCGUAUUUUCAUAGCCGCGGAAGAAGAGUCUUUACUGUAUCGUAUAGACUUCAUGAUUUUACUCAAAGACAUGCUAAGUCCAAUUGGGUUGCCAACCAUGUCCAGAGCCAGGAAGCACGUUACGAAAUUCGCAGAUGUCUUUAUGCUAAAACUGAAGGAAAGGCUGGUAAAAUCUCCAUCCUGGUUCGUUGGAAUACUUUUUCCAGCUAUACACGACAGAGAGGCCGGUUAUUAUCAAAAGUAUGGUGAAACGAUGGAUUCAAAUAGGAUUGAACGAGUAGCUCCACCUUCCAAUUUUAGGAUUACAUCAGAUCUUGAAGGAAUGAGCGAGGCUGCCAUUCUGGAUUUCAAGUUUGGGAUCGUUGUCUCAGCACUCAUAGACAGAGAAAAGCAAGAUUGCGUCGAGGUCUUGCGUGAUAAUUUGCGACGCUCUUGCGCAAUCAUGAAGAGUUGGUUGCUGGAAGAGGUUUUGAGAGAAAGUAAUGGCAAUGACGGCACGCGCGAACGAUUCGAAACGUCAUCAUCAACAAUUGAAAAGGCCAUUCAUCGCGAUUCUGAUUUCCGUGCCCUUUUAAAGCUUUGCGGGUAUCAGCUCACAAGAUUUGAAACGGACAGCUGCUAUCUCUCAACGACUUGUCAGAUCGCAGAUCUCGAAAAUUCUGUGAACUUAAUCGUUAAACAUUUGACUACCCCAUUCGAUACGCCUAAUGGUGAGCCGUCUUCAUUCUACUUAGAGCUGCCCAACUCGGGAGUUUCUCGCACGCCCGUGGGCGGAGCUUCUUAUGAAGAGCGUUUAAAUGGGAAUUCUGACGCAGAAAACAUUGGUGAACAAGAAACUGAUUACUUCCACGCGUUGAAUAAAGGCUCUUCUUCCAAUGGCCUAUACAGAGAAACUGCCAAUAAGGGAACUGCCAUUAAAAAGAAGAAGAGCGUACGGAAGAAGCAGGCUCCAGAUGAUAAAAGCAAGAAAACUAGGAAAGCGAGAGAUGCUCCAUCAAGUCAUAACGCAAGCCAUGCUAAUGAUGUUUACAGACAACGAGAAGUAACGAGUGCUGAAAUUAUCAGUGACUCUGACGAUUCUGAUGAUGACAGUGUGCAGGCCAUAUUUUACGAAAACGAGAUGUUUAUGCGCUUUCUACUGGACAAGUAUCAAGGCUCGCUACCGGAACACAAAUUUAUACAGUUUGGCUCCUUAGCCGCGGAGAGAAUGAACAAUAACGGGAAACUCAUUAACGAUUAUACAAGUCUCUUUGAUGGACCUGUUCCCAGCCCGAAAGUAUUGGGGGCAACAGAGCAGCUUUCGGGAAUGAGUCUAGCACCAAGAGUGGCUGAAAUUAUUGAGGCCCAAGACGCAAAAGACUUAGAUAUUGGUGACUUUCCUGCAGAUAUUGGUAUUGAUAAGCCAGAAUCAGGACCAACGCCUGAUACUUCAGAAUUUGAAGCAGCCACCACCACUAAAGAGAGAGCAACCGAGGAGAGUGGCCCAACAGAUCCUGUCAGGUAUAAAAGACGGAAAAUAAUGAGAAUUGAGGAAGACGAUGAAGACGACUAG